GGCACGAAGGGGGUGUCUCAGGACGGGCCACGCAGGCGGGAGUGCGCCACGCCCCCGCCCGUGGGGGAGGGCCAGGAUUCGGCGAGGCGCUGACGGAUCUGCCCGCGCUUUUCUCCCCAGUGCACCGACAGUGCAAGGUGGCCGUCCACAGGUAGGACGCGUCUCCCGGGGGUCCUGGGAGGCUGAGGGACGUCGAGGACGGAAGCCCGACUCUCUCCCCAGCUCCCUGUGCGGGUGCCACCUGGGGUCCCCAUGGCCUCGCUGAGCCGAGUUCUGCGUGCGGCCGCCUCACGCCCCCAGCGGAGCCCCGCGCAGGGCCUGGGGCCGCGGGCCCUGACCAGUGGGGCCGGCCCCACCACUGAGAAGAGCGUGCCCUACCAGCGGAUCCUGAAGGACGCCCUGGAGCCCUUGGAGGAGGCCCGAGGCCCAAGCCGGCCCCUGCCCAGCACGGCCAGCGUGGUGGUCAUCGGCGGAGGCAGCUUGGGCUGCCAGACCCUGUACCACCUGGCCAAGCUGGGCGUGAGCGGGGCCGUGCUGCUGGAGCGGGAGCGCCUGACCUCCGGGACCACCUGGCACACGGCAGGCCUGCUGUGGCAGCUGCGGCCCAGCGACGUGGAGGUGGAGCUGCUGGCCCACACACGGCGCGUGGUGAGCCAGGACCUGCCGGCGGAGACCGGGCUGCACACCGGCUGGAUCCAGAACGGGGGCCUGUUCAUCGCGUCCAACCGGCAGCGUCUGGAUGAGUACAAGAGGCUCAUGUCGCUGGGCAAGGCCUACGGCGUGGAGUCCCACGUGCUGAGCCCGGCGGAGACCAAGGCGCUGUACCCGCUGAUGAACGUGGACGACCUGUACGGGACCCUGUACGUGCCGCACGACGGCACCAUGGACCCCGCCGGCACCUGCAGCACCCUCGCCCGGGCCGCCAGCGCCCGCGGGGCACAGGUCAUCGAGAACUGCCCCGUGACGGGCAUCCGCGUGCGGACGGACGACUUCGGGGUGCGGCGGGUGGCGGCCGUGGAGACCGAGCACGGCUCCGUGCAGACGCCCUGCGUGGUCAACUGCGCAGGAGUGUGGGCGGACGCCGUGGGCCGGAUGGCCGGGGUCAAGGUCCCGCUGGUGGCCAUGCACCACGCCUACGUCGUCACCGAGCGCAUCGAGGGCAUCCAGAACAUGCCCAACGUCCGGGACCACGAUGCCUCUGUCUACCUCCGCCUCCAGGGCGACGCCCUGUCUGUGGGCGGCUACGAGGCGAACCCCAUCUUCUGGGAGGAGGUGUCGGACAAGUUCGCCUUCGGCCUCUUCGACCUGGACUGGGAUGUGUUCACUCAGCACAUCGAGGGCGCCAUCAACCGGGUGCCGGUGCUGGAGAAGACGGGGGUCAAGUCCACGGUCUGUGGCCCCGAGUCCUUCACGCCCGACCACAAGCCACUGAUGGGGGAGGCGCCCGAGCUCCGAGGGUUCUUCCUGGGCUGCGGCUUCAACAGUGCGGGGAUGAUGCUGGGCGGCGGCUGCGGGCAGGAGCUGGCUCACUGGAUCGUCCACGGGCGCCCGGAGAAGGACAUGUACGGCUACGACAUCAGGCGCUUUCAUCACUCGCUCACGGACCACCGCCGCUGGGUCCGCGAGCGCAGCCACGAGUCCUACGCCAAGAACUACUCCGUGGUCUUCCCCCACGACGAGCCCCUGGCCGGGCGCGACAUGCGGAAGGACCCCCUGCACGAGGAGCUCCUGGCGCGGGGCUGCGUGUUCCAGGAGCGGCACGGCUGGGAGCGGCCGGGAUGGUUCCACCCGGGAGGCGCCGCUCCGGUCCUGCCCUACGACUACUACGGGGCCUACGGGCACCAGGCGCACACGGACUACGCCUACAACCGGCUGCUGCAGGACGACUACACCUUCGACUUCCCGCCCCACCACGACGUGAUCAAGCGGGAGUGCCUGGCCUGCAGAGGCGCCGCGGCCGUGUUCGACAUGUCCUACUUCGGGAAGUUCUACCUGCUGGGCCCGGACGCCAGGAAGGCCGCCGACUGGCUGUUCUCCGCCGACGUCAGCUGCCCCCCAGGCUCCACGGUGUACACCUGCAUGCUGAACGCCAGGGGGGGCACGGAGAGCGACCUGACCGUCAGCCGCCUGGCCCCCGGCCGGGAGGCCACGCCCCUCGACCCGGCCUUUGAAGGGGACGGCUUCUACCUGGCCGUGGGCGGGGCCGUGGCGCAGCACAGCUGGUCCCACAUCACCACGGUGCUGCAGGACCGCAGGCUCCGGUGCCAGCUGGUCGACCGCUCGGAGGACCUGGGCAUGAUCAGCAUCCAGGGCCCAGCCAGCCGGGCCAUCCUGCAGGAGGUGCUGGACACGGACCUGAGCGACGAGGCCUUCCCGUUCUCCACCCACCAGCUGGUGGCAGCCGCCGGGCACCCGGUCCGGGCCAUGAGACUGUCCUUCGUCGGGGAGCUGGGCUGGGAGCUGCACGUCCCGGCGCCGUCCUGCCUGCCCGUGUACCGCGCCGUGAUGGCGGCGGGCGCCCGGCACGGCCUGGUCGACGCAGGCUACCGGGCCAUCGACUCCCUGAGCAUCGAGAAGGGCUACCGGCACUGGCACGCAGACCUGCGGCCGGACGACAGCCCCCUGGAGGCGGGCCUGGCCUUCACCUGCAAGCUCAGGUCCCCGGUGCCCUUCCUGGGCCGCGAGGCCCUGGAGCGGCAGCGGGCCGCCGGCCUCCGCCGCCGCCUCGUCUGCUUCACCGUGGACGCGAAGGUGCCCAUGUUCGGCCUGGAGGCCAUCUGGAGGGACGGCCGGGUGGUGGGCCAUGUACGCAGGGCGGACUUCGGCUUCGCCCUCGACAAGACCGUCGCCUACGGCUACAUCCGGGACCCCAGCGGCGGGCCGGUCUCCCCGGACUUCGUGAAGCGAGGGGACUACAGCCUGGAGCGGAUGGGGGUGGCCUACCCUGCCCGGGCUCACCUGAAGUCCCCCUUCGACCCCGACAACAGGAGGGUGAAGGGGCUCUACUGAGGGGCCCGGAGACCCGCCCGCCCCCGCCCCUGCCCCCGACUCCCUCGGGGCCCGCGGCACCCUGGGACCCCAGCCAGAACGUUGGUGCUCCCGCUCACCCCCCACCUAUGAGGACAGAAAGGUGGAGAGACCCCAAGGGCCCAUCCUGUGGUCACUGACGAAAGGGGGUCUCUAGUCCACCCAACCCUCCAAACAGACCUGCAGUGUCCUGGCCUCAGGGGCCAUACCAGCUUCUCGAAAGGUGCUGGGUGACAUCGGUCGGCCCAGUGUGAACUCAGGGUAGGGGGUGGGCAGAGAGGCCCCACCUGGGGUUCGGAGCCUGGGUGCUCACUCCCCCCGGUGGCUCUGGAAUCAGGGCAGGGCCGGGUGGUGCGUGGUGCCCGCCUGGGCCCACCUGCCACCAGGGCGGCCUGGUGGGACGGUUGGUCUCCCAGAUGCCAGGGCGGGGCAGGUUGGGGGGGCCAUGGAAGUCUGGAAAGAAGGCCCCUUCUGCCCCCCAAGAGUUUCUAGCCAGGAAACUGGGACUGGGGAGAGGGGUGCCCCCCCCCACUGCAGGCAGAAAUGCCGUCUCCUGCCUCUGUUUCCCUGGGAGCCCCUUGAGGACUCAGUCUGAGUAAGAGCCUGGCCAAGUCCUCCUGCCCGGGUGGCCUUUGUCCUCACUGUGUGGCAGGCCCCAGCCCCUGUCCUUGUCGCCCCAGGGGGAGGACCUUGUGCAGAGCCUUAAGCGGGGAGGACACCCCUGGUUCCCCUUCGCUGGGCAUCUGCCCUGUGACCCUGCGCCCCUGCCCGGGAUGGGUGUCCGGCCGCCCCCUGGCCCCACCCCCACCCCAGGGGGGUUUUCUCCACCACUGCUGGGGACCGCCCCCCGUGACUUAGGCUGAAUAAGAGACCUCCGGACCAGGAGCCACUAAGGAGACAAAACUUAUUUCCCCGGCAUGAACGCUGCCUGUUCUGUGCCUGGCCUCCUAGGCUUGAUCAGU